AUGAUACAGAGUGUGGAAUAUGUUGAAAAGGGAUAUAUAUUUGAAAAGCCACAAGAAUAUGACAAAGAGGAAGAACAGGCUUUGCAAGAAGCAGUUCCACAGCUGGCACACGGUUUCAGGUCCAGCCUACAACCAACGCAGAAGCCCAAAAAGAAGCUGGAGUCCAGCUUCAAGGCCAAGUUUAAAAAGAUCAACCAAGCUAAUGGACUGGUGUAUGAAUAUCUCAAUACCCUUUACUGUCCCCUGCAGAACAGGUUACAGGGAGAGUCAGACAGCUGUUACGAUGAGGUUCAGCUCCAUGGGCUCACAGAUGUGGGGAGACCACAGUAUGUUGACUUCUUUGACAGGAGUAGUGAAUUCUGUGACAGAGAAGAAAACCUGCAAGAUGGAGACAGAGAGGAGCAGAAACCUUUGCUAAGAACAGCUGCACAGCCUUCCCAGUACCUCUGGAUCGAUGCAUGUCAAGGGAAGGAGACCCACUUUACCAAACCCGUCUCAACACCAGACCAUUUAACACAAGAGCCACCCAUUCAUGAGCAAGAUAGACAGCGCCAAACAUGCUUUCCACAAAUGGCUUUGCAGGCUGGCCUCCAGAUGUGUCCCAGAGAAACUAAGGAACUCCUGAAGACCAGCAGACUAGAAGAUGGUAUAAUAGCUCCCAUGGGUCUGGAGAUUCUACCUCCUGAGACAGGGAACACAUCACUUGAGAAACCUUUAAACACUACCCCAGAGCGUGGCUUGCCAUCUGGUGGAAAUCUUGAAAGGGAACCAGAAGCUUAUCUUGUGGGAAAAAAUUCAGAAUUGGCCCCGAAUUUGCAAGUGACAUUCCUGCAGUCUUCUGAUUCUGCUGAGCCCUUGGUUUCUAAAUCUAAAAGAAAGAAAAUCACAUUAAAAUUAGCAAGGAAGCAAAAAACAAUGAAUUGUAGGCAUAGAACCAUGAGGGAACAAAAGCCAUCGUCAAUUUUGCAUGUGCUUAAUGGCCUGCAGAACAAGGAACUGCAAUGCAGCCUUAAAGCAAAGAUGAAAAGCCUACAGCAAAAUGAGAGUACAGCAGCUGCAUUUUUGGAUAUCAUUCACUUCAAAGUACCAAGGUUAAAUGUGGAGAGAGAGAUGCUGAGGAUAACAAGACCUAGUCAUAUGCAGCUAAUGCAAGAGAAAUCACCAAAUGGAAGGGAAGUAUGUCGCCCAGAUUCUCUUGAUAGGAGUAGUUUAUGUAACCAUGUGAAAGAUGAGAAGGAGGAGCCAGGGGAACAGGAAGAUUUCCCAGCUCCAGAGAACAGCCAAGGCUUCAUAUUCAGUGUGUAUCAGAAGAAGGAUCAUGCCUUUGUCAAAUCAGAUGAGGAACCGGAAGAGGCAGGAAGUACAGACAUGCAGGCACAACCACCAACACACUGUACACAGACUCUUCUGAGUUCUGCUCCAUGCCCUGCAUUGGCUCAAUUUCAGUUUGGAAAGCUAGAUAGCUCUGCUAGGUUUUCACCUCCAAUGUCAGGAGAAGCAAACUUUGAUGAAAAAGUAUUUUCUGCAAGAGAAUGUGGUGUCCCCUCUGGUGUAAACCAUCAGGAGGGACGCGCUAGUGACAUUGAAAAGAGAGAGAGGGUGACUUUAGAUCUCUGCUCGGCUGCUUUAUCUGUAUCCAAAAGCAAGAGAAACUUCAAACACCAUGCAAACAUGAAAAUCUUCAUGAAUCCCAAACGUGGAAUUUUGAAAGCAAAGAAACCGUCAAUAUCAUACAUGCUCAAUAUCAAGGGCGGUGCCGGCCCAAACCAUAGAAAAGAACUGGGAUGUGACUGGACAACCAAAAUGAAAGGGGAAGACCAAAGGGGAAAAACGGAAGACGGCAUGUACUCCCUCCGGAAUUUCAUGCCUGAUGCUCACAGGUAUAGCAAGAGAGAAAGAGAAAUGGACAUGUUGGGAGAAAAAAGACUCAGUUCUAAACAAGUAAAGCAAGAGAUAUCACCAGAGGAAGGGACUGUGACUUCAGAUGACACCGAAGAAACCAAUCUUGAAGAUGAGGACGAAGAAGAAAGGGAGCAGGAGAUGUUAUUAAACGUAAUCCCCCAGCACAGCCAACAUUUUAUCUUCUGUUCGGGCCAGGCCGAGGAGCUCACCCUUCACACAUCCAAAAACAAAGGAAGUGGGAAGAUUCUGUUUGUUAUAGAACAAGACAUCCCACCACAGACGCAGCCUGCAGAUCCAGUGCAGGCAGGGGAGCCCAAGAGAAGCCACCAGUCCGAAACUGGCACCACGCGUACGGCGAGUUCAGACUUUCCUCUUCUGACGUCAAAGGAAUCACGAAUGGGUCGUGUUUCAAUGGAUACAGUGAGACCCAGUGUCCCAAGGCGUGGGAGCCACACAGGGGAACUGUACCAUCCCCGUCAGAGUCACGAGGGGAAGGCAGCGGUUCCAAAAGAUCUACAAGCAACUGUCCUGGAGUCUUUGGAUGUCUCCGCUCCCGAUCUAUCUGGAUCUAAAAGGCAGAGAAAGACAUUUACGUGUAGAGCCUUUAAAAAGACGGGGAUGCCCUGGAAGACAACCUUCAGUCGUGAGCUGCCACAGCAAGAACAGUCGUCAGGUGGUGAGAGAACCUGGUGUGACGGUUCCACGGGUGAGGAGGGCAGGGCCUCAAGCCUCGGGGAGGAAAUCAGAGGCCACAGUGGAGAAGCAGGCCCACGAAAUUCUCAGCAGUUCACUGUCCACGCUCGAUAUGGAAGCCAAAGCAACAAAGAGGACACGAGACGUUACAUCCAGAAACAGAAGGGGAUCCGACAAGCUCAAGCUGAGGCCGAGUUGGUUCUGAACACUAUUUGUGACUAUGGACUUAUUCCAUCUAAAAUUAGAGAGUUGGUGGAAAGGAAGAGGGAAAAAGGCAAGCCACCAAAGCUGGUACACAGCCCUCCACCGCCCACGCUGGAGAAAUCCCUCAGCCAAAGACAGAUGGCAUUUUCACAGUCCAUGCGUAAGAGUGCUAUAUCAAGAAAUAGUAAAACACUGAGACGACAGUAG